AUGCAGCUUUUACAUUCAAGAGCGGCGCCUGGGCCCGAGUUUGCUUCUUUGUCAGUGACUUUUAAGAGGGACAUUGCCAGCAACGAGACGAUAUCUACACACAUCCUAGAACCCUUUCUGAUUCCCUCUCCUUUGUCAACGAUUUCUCAUGAUGAUUGUAUAGAGUCACUGAGAGAAUUGCAUCAAUAUGUGAAUGCUGUUACAAAAGCGACGAAAUCAAAGAAGGGAUUGACGGAGAGUAGCCGUAUGGCAGCGGCCUUGCUAAGGGAGGAUGCCAAAUUUCACUCAGACGACCUGGAAGUGUUUCGACCGCACAAGGGGAAUGGAAUUGGAUUGCACUACCGCAUUCUUCGAGAGCCAAGGCUCAUCUCAACACUGGUACCGCUUAUUUUUUCGAGCUCCAAAGCAACAGCUCCUCCCUCCAAAGCAGUCGAAUCUGAUAUUUCAUCAAUCAUUGUUUGCAUUGGAAUGUCUGGCUUGCCUUCAGCUGUAGUCAUGUCACCGCUGCACUAUUCAUUAUCGCAACGGAUUAGAGACUGUUUGCAGAUUUUGGCUUCGACUGAAUCGAGAGAUAUUAUUGCUGCAAAGAUAUUAAUGACAACACUGCUUCUGACAGAGGACGAUGAUCGAACCACAAAUGCCAUGGCCGAUGGACUACGGAGCACAUUACUUGAUGACGACACCAAAAUGAGGACAAGAACUCGAAAGAAAACUACAAAGGCCAAAAAAGGAAAGAAUUCAAAGGUGGAACACGACGAUGACUUUGACACAAUCACAAAUUCAGCGGACAAGGCCAGAAUAAUGGUGGAACGAUUGCAGGUAUUGUCAGUGGUCGAAACGGAUACCAUAUUCAAGAAAUAUGAAGGAACAGCGAGCGAUGAAAAGUCGUCGAAAAAGAGAAGACAAGCAGCUGCCGAUCUGGAUGGCUUUGAUUUCCAACCUGACAAGAUGGGCUCUGCCUCAUCUUCCAACCAACGCCAAUCGAAUGGUGCUGCUUCGCAGUCUCAGUCAUCUCGCGAUGGCAAACGCCCGCCUGCAGCGCGACCGAAUCGCAAUAAUGCAGGACCUGCAUCAGGGAGAGAUCCCAACAGACUCGGCAAACCUGGCACCGACAGUUCCAUUGAUACCAUUCGAAGUCGAAAUAGUCGUGGUGAUAUGAGUGGCUUUUCUGGAAAUAAUGACUUUUCUGCCUUUGACAAUACGGGUGCCAGUGUUUUCAGUGAAAAUGAAUCAGCACCAAUUCGCUCUCCUCCUCUAGAACAACGACUCGGGCAUGGAAACCAAGCGCGGCGGAAUUUUGAUCCGUUUGGAGAAGGAACAGCAUCCACAGCUUCCGAAACAACAAUGGAGUCCAUGUUUCCCCAAACUACGCCUCCAGGAAGCAAUGGUGGCCACAGACAAAAUUUCAAUGACCAAGAUUUGCCUCGCUUGCAUGUGAAUGUUGCCUUGAGCGAAGAUCUCACUUGCUUUUACAAGCUAUCCAAAAUGUCAUCUUGUACUGUUGAGGGCGGCAUUCAAAUCCAGAUUCAAUCCAACGCUCAAGCACCCGGCUUUCCAUUUUAUCUUCUCAUUCGUGAUCCAUUACAUCACAUUGAGUCCAUACAGGAGAAUAAAAAGUUUGCUGCACUGAUAAACACUAAGGGAGAAGAUGAUGGGGAUCACGUAUUUACUGUGACGGUGCCGAAAGCGGACAAUUACUUUCCAGUAAUAAGGUACAAGUGCAACAGUGAACUUCGGCCAGUACCAAUUCGAGUUCAAACACGAGUACGGCUAGAGGAACGUUUUUGGCGGGUCGCCCUACAGAUCAGUUCCAAUCCACACAAUGAAGACAAUUUGACAGACCUCACCAUUAUCAUGGGCGUACCACCCAUGGUUCGAGGGGAGACCCUCACAACAUCACCGCCUGGUGGAGUAUGGAAUGCGUCCAAACGAAGUGUUAUUUGGUGUGUCUCCGAACUAGGUGGGGGAGAAAAGUUUCAACUACAAGCAAGGUUUGCUAUCGAUGCCAACACUCCGGUGGAUGAAGACGAUAAGCCUAAAUUCCCUGUACUCGUACGAUGUCAGUGCAAGCAUGCGCAGCUGAGUGAAGUCGAGUUGGAAGCAAUCGAAAAUCCAAAUUCUUUUCCCUCAGAAGUACGAAUGAAACUAGCGCGACGAUUCCGUCUCUCGCACAGAGAACGGCCAUAG